AUGACACCACUCGCCCAGAGGCUCGGUCUCACCGUCCUGUUGGCCGUCUCGGUUGCGUCGCUCGUCCUUUCAACCUUCAUGAUCUUCACCUUACGCCUGUUGGCGGCUUCCGUUGCAGAAGUUUGUCCUCCGGGCGGCGGAUGCGAAAUUCCCUCGUGGGUUGGUGGAAUCAACAUUGCCGAGAAGGAGUGGUGGUGGGCCCGCAUCAAGGAACAGCGCUACAUUCAAAUCACCACCCGCUGGCUCCCCCUCACGUACGCCUGUAUUGGCUACAGUGCAUUGGCACUCCUGUACAUUGCCCUCUACGGGUACACGCACACCGUGAGCAGAGCCAAGACCAAGUGGACAGCGGUCGGGUACGACGUCGUUCUCCAGUUGGGCUUUGGAGCAUGCGGGAUCGUUAUUGCUGCUCUCCAUUUACUCGUGGAGUGGAUGUAUGGACGGUUCUUCUGGAAUCAUCUGCAACAGAAGACAAACUGGUCGCGGUAUUCCGAGAAUAUCUUCGCCCCGCGCGUGUGUGGUGACCUCGGAACGUACUGCGCACGCUUUCACUCAAGCAUGGGAACACUCAUCGCCCUCGGGGCGCUUUUCGUGCUUGCGGCAGUCGCGCAGCUAUAUUACGUGGUCCAUCGCCGAGCUUCAUGGAGCGACAGUCUCGUCUCCAUCGACAAGCUUCGCGCCGAAUCGGGCCGCAAAGUCACAGACUCGAGCGGGAACCACCUUGAGCUCCGCAUCAGCCGGCAAUAA